AUGGAAUGCUAUGAAAAUUUUCAUAGGCAAAAAAUAGAUGAAGCCCCCCAGUCUGCUUCUGGGCCACCUGCGAUUCCUAAACAAGAGAACAAUGAUGGCACAAAUAAGAAAACUUGGAUUGUUCUUGCUAUAUCUUUGGGAAUCUCCCUCUUAGUGUCUGUUGCUGCAUUUAUCCUGAUUAUGCAACUUCAAAACGAGAUAAAAUAUACGAAGGAAAGAUUAGAGAGAAUGAGUGAGACUGAUUCAUCUCUGGCCAACAAUAUCAACGACACUCAAAAACGUUCUUUGAAAACAAAAAGUGAGUUGGAAACUUCAAUUAAAACAGAAGUGAGUGAGCUGAACUCCAAAAUACACAACGGAGAUAAUAAAUUGAAUAGAAGCCUAUCUGAUACAAAUUCGAGAAUUACUCAAAUGUUUUCGAUAUCCGGAUGGUUCAGAGCGAGCAAUAAUCUCAUUUACAAACGCUUCACUGAUUCUGUCAACUACGCAACUGCAAAGGCUCACUGUGAAGGAAUGGGAGCUCGUUUGGUAUCGACCGGAAUUAGGAACAACCAAAAUAAAAGUGAAAUAUUUCCGAAUCAGUAUUUAAACGGGGUGUAUGCAUGGAUAGGAUUGGACGACAUCAACAUGGAGGGAACUUGGGUUUGGUCGGAUGGAGUAAAUGGUUCACCAAGUGCAUAUUGGGAUUCCUCAGAACCAAACGGCGGCAGAAGAGAAAACUGCGCAGUAAUCAGGUUGUCUGGUGUUAUUGAUCUCGCGUGCUCUGAAGUCCAGCGAUUUGUUUGCGAAAAGGAAUUUGCAUGACGUUUUUUGUAUUACGGAAUGACUUUUUCGAUUUCAUUUCAAAAUUAAUUUGUGAUAUUGCAGUUUAUUUCUUGUCUUUCCACGAGUAAAUGAAAAUAAACCCUAAAGACUUGACAGAUUUAUAGUUUUAACAUUCUAGUGUUUAUAAUAUGUAUUUUCCAUUCCAUAAAAGUUUUUUACAUAUAUUAUUUCUGAAUGGAGUCCACAAAAUUCUUUUGCCACUUUCAGUGUAAAAGCGCAAAACGAAUUUUCAAAAAAACACAUUAAUUUUUAGUAUGCUUCAAAGUUAAAUAUGUAUUUACCACUCGCAUGGAUUGAAAUUGUGCUAAUCCGAAGACAAUACAAGACUUUUUUUUCUAAAAUAGGUCAGAUUAGGUGUUUUAACAUUUUAACAUAAUGAAUUUCAAUCUUGAAAAUUGACCGUGCGUUUUUCUACUAACUGGCCAUUUUGCAAUCUACCUUUUAUGAGUUUUAGGCGAUAAACGUCAUGGUAAUAUUUAUUCAAAGUGUUGAUGAAUACCAAUGUAUGCCUGGCUUUCACAAAAUGAUUGCCAUAUCGUUUAUGGAGUUAUAUUGAUUUUUAAAUUUUGAAACGUGUGUAUAAUUAACGAACGCAGUACAAAGUGUGCUCGUCAAAUUCUGACUUUUGACAAUGCUACUACAAUAAACUCAUAAAUAUAUAUUAUGUAUACUUUUAUAUUAUUGCUUUCUGAAAAUUACUAUAUAUAUGUUUUUUUCAUUUUGACACGCUUCGAAACUGAAUAUUUUUGUGAUAGUUUUUAUAU